AACAUUUUUCAACAACAAUUUUCUUGUGUUUGUUGUUAUGUUAGGUGGAAUAGCAACAUUUUUUUUAACUCCAUGUUAAGUUACGAUGGAGUUGUAAACAAACAUAUAUUUUUCCGUUUAUUGCCAAAUACAUACCGUACUAAACAAAAUAAACGAAUUUUGUAAAAUAUAUUAAAGUGAAAUUGUUCGAGUUCUUUUAUAUUUUGCAUUAAUAAAUAAAUUAAUUAACUAAACCGCAAAAAAAGAAAAACUAUAACUAAAUACGUAAACAAUGACCACAACACCAAAUCCUUUGGAUAAAUAUGUUGAAGAUGAUGUUUUUAGUACCAUCUUAAGAUGGAGUUUGUAUUUCGGAGCCUUCUUCCAAUUGGCCUGUAUAAUGGCUUCAAUAUUUAUGAGCUCUCAGGGCAAUAAAAAAGAUGUUGAAACUUUGGAAGAUUCUAAAUCGAUUGGUUGUGAUGCUCAACCCAACAAUCGCCGUUUGCAUAAAUUGCGAAAACAGGAGAAAAAGAAAAGACGUUAGGCAACAAACUAGAGAUAACUUAACAUUCCACUAUGUGAUUCUAAUACUCGAAAUAAAAAGUUAACAGCAAAGGGGACUUUACUAUUUUGUUUAAAGAUAGAACAGUGAUGAUGGCUCUUAACAAACGGGCAAUUACAAAUAAAUCUAAAAUUAUUAUACAAAGCAUAUCAAAAUGCUGUCUAUCUUAUUAGCACUUUACGAUUUAUCAACAAACUAAAAAAAUAUUUCUCUGUCAACUCCUUUUUGCUGUUAACUCUUAACUAUUAUAUAAAUAUAUGUUUUUAGCGUUUAUUAAUUUAUUGACUUCCUAAUACUAAGUAUAAAAAUGUAUGUAUGUGUAUGUAUCAUAAACAUAAUUUUAAAGCAAUAGUUUUUAAUUAAAAUUUAUAUGAGUUAAAAUGUUUGCGAAAUUUUUAACACAAUUAUAAAUCACUAAACAUGAUGUUCAUGUGCAGUACUUUCCGAUCAAUAUACAUAUUUAUCAAUAAAAAAUAAAAGAUAAUAAUUAUUGUCCACAAA